AUGACUACCCCCAGGUCACUUUGUGUCUGGACAUUGAUUCCACUCAUGGUCUUAUCGCUUACAUCGUGCCAGGCCAGCCGUAUCUUAUGUGUAUUUCCCUCACCCUCUUUGUCGCAUUUGAUAAUCCAUGCCACCAUUGCUGAAACAUUGGCUCAAGAUGGCCACAAUGUUACCGUGAUUGGUACAGUACCGGCAAGUAAACUUCGAGCACCACAUGUCCAAUACAUCCACAUUGAGGGUCCCAUGUUCAAUGAUGACUUUGCCAAUGAAAUGCUCAGUAAGCAGGUUAAUAUUUAUACGAAAUUUGCCGGUACCAUAUCGAAGGUUCAAGAUAUGGCAAAUGUGACCAUGAAUGACCCAAAGAUGUUGGAAUUUUUGCGUAGCUAUAAGCCGGGAGAUUUUGAUGCCUUGAUAUUGGGUUAUUUUAUGAAUGAUUUUAUGUUGGGUUUGGGUGCCCAUUUCCAGUGUCCGAUAAUUGUCUCAUUUAUGGUCCAGCCAAUAUUUUCGGUUAGUGCAAUGGUUGCCAAUCCGCCGGAGUCUUCAUAUGUCCCGAGUUUGUUUAUGGGUUAUAAGCAACCUAUGGAUUUUUGGACGAGAGUGAAAAAUUUCGCAGCCUCAUUCUUUGAACAUCAGAUUUAUUCGGCUUAUGUGGCUCAGAAGGGCAAUGAAAUGUAUAGGUAA